AUGGAACGCAAACACAUCUUUGACAUGGUCAAAGUGCACCAGUUCAUCAGCAAGCUCGAGUCGAUUCCCGCUGGGCCACUUGGUGAGAGCGACAGGCAGAACGCCUUCGCUGAACAGCGCACACUUGCCCAAUCUUGUCACCGACUCGCUCGCAAACGCAGCGCUCGGUUCAAGGAAAUUCUGGAGCGCCUCAAAGACACGGAAUGGGCGUCUGAACUCGCCAGGUUGAGUGACAGGGAGGUGGCCAACCUUGCGAGGCUCCCGGCAGUGGGGCGUUCCACGAAGCUCACCAACAAAGAAUGGCAAGACACCUUGAACGUUCUUGGUCCCGUCUUCACCGACCACCGCAACAGGCGACUGUGCGCCGCUCGGUUCCCCAUCCUAGAGCGUGCCAUUGUGUCGUACUAUGUUCCAGAAUACCCACGCACCCCUGAACAAGACUAUCGGCUCCACUUCACGCACUUCGCGCUCACAGAGCCAGUCAGGCUCUCGUCCUGCGGCCCGAAGACGAAACCGCGACUGUCGCCGACUUCGUCGCCGCCAUGGGCAACGCUGAGCGCGCAUGGUGGACCGAGCCCCCCCGCCAAGUCCGCGCGCACCGACGUGCUCGACCUCGCCGUCGUGAACGUGUUCCGGUGCUCGAACUGCGCCCACACCGUCUUGGGCACCCGCGAGGCGAUCCUCCACAGCCACGCGUGCGACAAGCGGUACAAGAUGUUCCCCAACGGCAGCCGGACCCCGGGCGCGAAGCAGCACGACCUGUACGUCACCCUCGUCCUCAUGCACGAGCGCGGCCGGCCCGAGCACGAGUGCGAGCGGUGGGGGCCGAUGUUCAAGCCGUCGCGGGAGGUGGCGAAGUUCGAGCUCUCGUUCGCCCCCUUCGUCAACCCGAGGCGCGUCGCGGAGCUCGUGCGUGUGAUGGGGAUGGACCCCGCGAAGGCGACGGCGGAGCAGCUCCGCGCGUCUGAGGCGAGGGUUGUGUGCAGGCUCUGUCAGCCGAUCCAAGACACGAAAGGAAAGCGGGACCUCAAAGUGUAUCGUUGGGAGAAAGCGAUUGAUCAUUUUAAUGAUUGGUUGGCAAAACACGAUGAGUUCCACUGGGAGCUCAUUCCCAAGAAGCACAUGGGCGCCGUUCGCAAAGUGGAGGAAAAGGAGGACCCUCAGGGGAUAUGUCUCAGUCGACGCAUCGACUGGGGAACCCAAGAGGGCACGGACGCCCGCCUCGUACCCUUUAGCUGA